AAAUAUAUGAAAAGAUUUAUAGAUUUCUAUAUUUUAAAUAUUAGAAAAAUAAUUAUAAUUAUAAGUUAAACUUAAAAAUUGUAUUUCAUAAUUCUAAAAUUGAACUCCACAAAUAGUGAAUUUAAAUCAGUAAGGCAAUCAACCUUCAGCUUAGGGUAUCAAAGGCAAACGUUCUUAUAAAUAUGCUAAGAAAAUAUUCGUUCUGCUUAACACAAAAGUAAGUCAACAAGCAAGAGUCAAGAGGGGAGUCAGAGUCAAUGCUUUUGGCAUUCAGUCAGUCACAUUCAGAAACGUUGCCAAUUUCAAUAUAAUUUCCCAGUGGCCAAAUUGUGUUGCCAACUUCUGUGGGACAGAGGUUGGGACAUGCGUCUUCAAUAGCUAUCGAUACCAGUCUGCGACUGGCUUCCAAAAUUCGGUCUAGACGGUUGUCUAAUGACAAACGCAAACCACAAAAGACGACAACGACGUCGACGUCGACGAGAGAAAUACGGAAAAUGUUAUGCAAGUCAGUCAAAUGGAAAUGCCUUGGCCCUGUCCUAUCCUGUCCUUUCUUGUCCGUUCCUGUUCGGUCAUGUCGUGGCCUCUGUGCAGACACAGUGAAUGCAAAAUAAAUAAACUCAACUUUAAAUAAAACUCAUCGAUGACUGCGUUGACUCUAACUCCGCUUCGACUCUGUGUCUGUGUCUUUCGGCUAAUUCGUAUUGACAAAAGCUAAAAUUUUCCAGCUGCGCAUCGAAGCACAUUCAGAUUGAAUGACGGCCAAGAUCGAGAGAUGAUUCGUUAUUCAUAAAUUGCAUGCAAAAUGAACAAAUCAAAUGCUUGAAAUGAGCAAAAAAGAAUUGGCUCAUCAUCAUUAUUUAUGCGCUUCUGCUCUCCUCUGGCUCCAAAAAUCAAAUAAAAUGACGACGCUUUUGAAACUUUUAACACACAAAUUUACAUAGACAGAGAAAAGACUGUCUUAGGUCGUCGACGUCGUUUUCAAAAAUUAAUAUGCAAAUGAGCCACAACGAGAGUGUUCUCUUCUCUAGUGAAAUUUUUGGUUUUAGCGCAGAAACUUCAUUUUCGCUAUAAAACCCAAAUGUUUGGCCAAAAGCAGUUUUAGUAUUAUUUUUAAAACGAACAUGAAGCGGUCUUUCACUUUUCUUUGCGGAGUUCUGCUGCUCAGCUGCAAAUUCUGUGUUUCUCAAGAGUUAACUCAGAACAAAACCAAUAUCGAACCCAAUGAUAACGAUGAGGCUCAUCGAUUAAAGUCCUUGUUGGAUGCUAUUCGUCCGAGCACUACAGUGAAACCUCUCAGCACCUCCUCCACUUCUAAGCCCAAGGCUAAUGUCAGCUCUCCUAUCAAAGAUGAGCCAGAUUUCAGCUUCCAGAAUGAACGUCUGCCCUUGCUCUCAGAUGAUGAAGUCAACAGUUUGACAGAUGACGCCAAUCCCUUGUAUUUCCUCAAGCAGAUGCCAGAAGAACCAAAGACACAGUCCGUGCAAGAAACCAAACCAGAUCCCGUGUCAGCUCCCGCUCCAAUUCCCGUUUCUGGUUCUCCCAUAUACAUCACCAUUCCCAUUUACAUUAACACCGCUGGCAAGAUGCCGCUCACAUUAACAAUUGGCGAUCAGGAAGUAUCGUUGGCACAUCAGCAGAGAUUAAAUCAAGGAAAUAGACGAGCCUCCACCAAGGUGCCAAACUCGCACUUUAACCGACUGCUGGAGAUGGUUGAACCACCCAAAAGACGAACCACAAAUCGACAUCGCAGCCCAAGUCGCAGCAAGAUUCAAGCAAUCAAGGAACACGGCUCAACACAGCUCUACAAGGAGUUCAAUCGCAAAAAGUCAAAUUAGUGAAAAACACAAAAUACUCAUUGAAAAAUGUUCGAUGUAUUUUUGAUAUUUAAAAACUAAGCAAUAAAUAGUUAA